GGCUCAUGAGAGCGAGGGAGGGUUAAAAGUAGCUAAACCUUCCUUAGCAUUACUGUGUCGUCUCCUCGCGCACUAAUACUCGCUGUGUUAGCUCUCGCUCCUCGCUGUUUUAGCCGUUGUUGUCAUAGCACCGGGGCCUUCCGAACAGCUGUAAAUGUAUCAAUAUUGUAGCCGCUUGGCUUUACUUUUGUUAGCCACGUUCGGUAGCUACAGCUAGCUGCUGGGUCAGUGUGUGUGUGUGUGUGUGUGUUUGGUGUGUCUUCUGCUCACAAAUGUGUUGUUGUUGUUGUUUAGUUUGUUGUUCUUUUUUUUUGUUGGUGCUAAUUUCCUCGACGGAUAAAGUCAUUGCCGUGGUUGACUUCUUUUUUCUUUUUUUUUUUUUUUUUUUAGGGGCUGCUUCUAAAUGAAGUUAAGAAGCUGUAUUAUUGUAAUUUAGAACAAACUUAUUCAUCACGGUGUAGACUUGUGUGUGUCAAAGUGUUGGAUAUAACACUGUCACGGUAUUUAAGAAAAAGAAAAAUGUUUCGGAAGUAAAAACAUAAAUGGAAAUCAUGCAUCAGUUAUUGUGCAGCGACACACUGUAAUUAUAGAUGCUGACUGAAACUCCAGUGGUGAAGUUAAUUAAAGUUUAACUCGUGUGAUUUAAUGUCUGAACGCUUUUUUUUGUUUGUUUUUACAUAAGCUUAUUAAAGAUUGUAGAACUUGGAGUCGACCAAAUGUUUACAUCGUUAAACCUAUUUCAUGUUUUUUUUUUGUAGGUGAAUUUAAAAGAAAAGUGAACUUAUAUUAUCCAGAAGUGUUUGUAAUUAACUUAUAAAGAAACAUAAUGUUAUUUAGCAGGACAUUAAUGUGCGUACAUGCCUCGAUAUUGUAAUAAAAGCCACCGGUAUGCUGGACUAGUCCGUUAAACUUGAUUAACGGGUUUAUUUUGAGAAUCGGGAAACAAAGUGAAAAUAAGAAAAGAAACCGAGUUUUGUGGCUGGACAUUCACGCUCCAUACACAUAUAUACAUGCACACUUUCAAAGCGAAAGUGAAAUAAAAGGCUGUUGUAAUAAGUUUCUCCCCGGGUCAUUAAAGGCUUGUAGACCUUUUGUUUCGGGACUUGCACUCAUCAGGUUCUUUCUUUAUGACUUGUUCUCAUUGUUUCAUUUCUGUUCCUGUCAGUUGUCCGAAGGGUCCGAGGGGGGGGGGGGGGGGGGUAGCUGGGUGGAUGAAUGAAUGAAUGAGUGAAUACAAGACUAGGCAGCGGCGCUGAACCGUAAAGAAGUGGAAAACAAUAUCAGCUGCGUGCGUCUGUCAGUUGCAAAUGUGCUGUGUUGGCCUUUGUUUAUGGUUAUUGGACAUGUGGAGGAAGACAGGGGCAUUUAAACAGGAGGAAGAGCUUUUUACUCAGAACCUCUGUAUAAAAAAAACAUCAACUUUCCCAUUAUUCCUGUUAGUUUUUGAUAGCAGUUGUGGUUGCACGAUUUGAUGAGCGACAACUCUUUUCUGUUUUCCAAAAAUCAGCACUGCAUUUAGUAGACCCGUGUGUGUGUGUGUGUGUGUGUGUUUUUUUUUCCCAGAGAGAGAGAGAGAGAGAGAGGAAAAAGGGGGAGAAAGAGAGACAAAGUUGCGUGGUGUUGGUAGAAUGAAAGAGGAGUCUGGUGGCAGGAGUGUAGAGGAGGCAGCAUAUGGCUGUAGAAAGAGCACAGCUGGAGGUAGCAUCUCCAUCUGAGGAUGAUGUCAGAGCAGCUGACAGGCUGCCAUCCACCCCACCACCUCCUCCUCCUCCAUCCCUCCACCGCCUCCACCCCUCCCCAGUCCUUUAUUGUGAGUCUCAGCGGCAGCCUGGGAGAGUUAGUGCUCUGUGUGCCGUGUGUGUGUGUGUGUGUGUGUGUGUUUGUGGCUGCCGAUCAGCGCCAGUUAGGAGGAGGAGGAGGAGGAGGAGGAGGAGGGAGGUGGUAUCUCGUUCCCCCUCCAACAUCUCCUCCACUUUGCAUCUGUCCCUCGCAGUUUGAACAGCGUGUUUUUUUUUUUUUGCCUGCCUGCCUGCCUCCCUCUUCUUCUUCUUCUUCUUCUUCUUCUUCUUCUCUCCUCUUCUACCCACUCAUUGAUUCCGAGAGAGCAAGCAACGAAGAGAGAGAGAAAGAGAUACACAGCCAUUCCCAGCCAGAGAGCCCAGCUAUUCUGCUACAGUGGAGUUAAUCAAGUUGAUGCAUACUGCUGCAGGUUAUGAGGACGGCAAGAUGGAGUUCCCAGACCACAGCAGACAUUUACUCCAGUGUCUGAGCGAGCAGCGGCAUCAGGGCUUCCUGUGUGACUCCACGGUGCUGGUGGGCGAUGCCCAGUUUCGGGCCCACCGUGCCGUGUUGGCCUCCUGCAGCAUGUACUUUCACCUCUUCUACAAGGACCAGCUGGACAAGAGAGACGUGGUGCACCUCAACAACGACAUUGUCACGGCCCCGGCCUUUUCCCUGCUCCUGGAGUUCAUGUACGAGGGCAAGCUGCAGUUCCAGGACCUUCCCGUGGAGGACGUGCUGGCAGCGGCCAGCUACUUGCACAUGUAUGACAUUGUCAAGGUGUGUAAGAAACGUUUGAAGCAGAAGGGCACGACGGAGGCCGACAGCACGCGCAGAGAAGAGGACGGCGGGACAAGCUGCUCCGAUAAGGCCGACAGUCUAUCAGAUGGCUCCACGGGCCGGCCCGCUACCGCAGACCUGCUGCACAGCGAUGAAGAGGAGGAGGGGAAGGCCGAGGGAAGACAACUGUGGCUGAGGCUGCCGUCUGCGGACAGACCAGGGACUCCAGCCGUGGCUAGAACCAGCCCAGGGAACGGCGAGGCGGAGAUGCCGGGUGGGGAAGGUCCAGCGGAGGGAGGAAAGCUGCUCUCCCCGGCCGGCAGCCCCACCAGCUCCACCGGGUCCCUCUCGCAGAGGUCCCAUCGCUCCGUGAGCUCUCGCGGAGGGCCCAGGGGCAGGAGGGUGUCGAACGACGCUACCGACUGCGUCCUGGACCUGUCAGUCAAGCCAACCGCCGGCAGCAACCACAGUAACCACCACCAGUCCUAUUUCGGAGGAGCGGCCACACCGGACAGCCUCCAGAGCCCGUUGGCGGUGAGGGUGAAGGUGGAGAGGGGCGUGGCUUCAGAUGAGGACGAGGAACUGGGAGGUGGGGACUACGACAUGGAGCACAGCGGCAUCACCAAGGCGACGGUUCCCAGCGUCAACGGGGGCCUGACCCACCACAGGGUCGGAGGGCCCCUGUCGGCCCAGCGGAGGCUCGGCCUGGAGGCGCACCUGUCCGCUCUGCGAGAGGCCUCUCUGGCCUCGGAGCUGGAGCGGGAGGACAAGCCUUCAGCCACGGCGGACGACGAGGACAUCCUGGGGGGCGACAACGGGCGCGCCCAGGCCGAGGUGGCCGGCAUGGAUAGCUCCCUGUUGCCCUACGUCUCCAACAUGCUGUCGGCUCAACACACCCAGAUCUUCAUGUGCCCGCUGUGCAACAAGGUGUUCCCGUCGCCGCACAUCCUCCAGCUUCACCUCAGCUCCCACUUCAGGGAGCAGGAGGGCAUCCGCUCCAAGCCCGCCGGAGACGUCAACGUGCCCACUUGCACCAUCUGCAGCAAGACCUUCUCCUGCAUGUACACGCUGAAGCGCCACGAGCGGACACACUCCGGCGAGAAACCCUACACCUGCACCACCUGCGGCAAGAGCUUCCAAUACUCGCACAACCUCAGCCGCCACGCAGUGGUGCACACGCGCGAGAAGCCGCACGCUUGCAAGUGGUGCGAGCGGCGCUUCACGCAGUCCGGGGACCUCUACCGACACAUCCGCAAGUUCCAUUGCGAACUGGUCAACUCGCUGUCAGUGAAGAGCGAACCGCUGGCGCUGCCCAAUGUCAGGGAUUGGGCGAUCGAGGACAGCUCCCAGGAACUGUGGAAGUAGAAAACAGACUGCUGUGUUUGACGGAGGGGAAGAGAGCGGAGAGUGAAAGAAGGGCAGUGAAGCAUGGGGGGGGGGGGGGGAGGAGGCGGCAUAAGUUUGAUAUUUGGGGUUCAAGUGAGUCAUGUUCUUGUGUGUCGCAAAAUCUCAUUCAAUUGCACUUUAAUAGCACAUGAAAAUGUUACUACUGAGUUUUUUUUUUUUUGUUUUUUUUUUGUUGUUGCUGUUUGGGGUAAUUUUGUCAUAUUCUAUUUUAUUCUGAACUCUUUUAUUUUUCUUUGGCAUAAGUUCUGUUUGGUGGUUUUGAUUGCGUCUUACGGACGUGGGUCCCAGUGAGAAUGUCUCGCCUUCUUGAAGAGUUUUCACUCUUGUUUGUGUUUUCAUCUCAGACACGUCACUCUGACGCUGGCCAGCGUCUCGGUCCCAGUUCCACAGACAGCAAAACAACCGGUGCAGGAGUUCAGGUCGAACACACUGAAGUGAAAAAAAAAAAAAGCAUUACAAUACACUAAACGGGUACUGUGAUCACCUCACACACACAAGUUUGAAGAAGUGUGUGUGCGCGUGCGUGCGUGUGUGUGCGUGCGCAUGUGUGUGUGUGUGUGUGAUACUGCACUACUCUGGCAAAAAUUUCACCUGAUGUGCGUGAGUGUGUGCGAGUGUGUUUUUGUGUGUGUUUUAUUUCAUUUCUGACUGGCGUAGAGGUGUCGUUGGCGAAGCGCUCCCCGCUUCACUUGUUAAGCUCUUUGGUGUUGUGUGUUCAGGGUCAAGCUGACUGACUGACAGACUAACUGAUGGCACUCAUGCAAUGCACAGCCUCCUUUUUUUCACUUCCAAUCGAUUUGAAGUAUUUUCUAAAAAUGAAAAAGACCUUUACAAAUUAUUAUAAUAAUUAUUAUUGUUAUGAAUAGAUUUCUUUCUUAAAUCUAGCUGACAGUCUUUAAAGCAUCUCUUGUUGAAAAGGUAUUUAAUUUAAGGUUGUUGUAUAUUGUUCUGCUAUAGUUUUAGAACUUAAAUCUCUUUAAUUUUUUUUUUUUUUUUAAAUUAAUGAUUAAUAUUAUUAUUUUUUUUAUUACUUUUUUUGUAAUGGGACCUGCUGUUGUUGCAUGACGUCCAAACCUGUAUAUUUUAAAAUAAAAAAUGUGAAUUUGCUGUAUUACUGUACACAUUGUAAUUGAUCAAAUAUUUGACAACAGGCUUUCCUUUUCUUUUCUUUUCUUUGUGAAUACUACUCCAGGGUGCGGUCUGUUGAAAAACUGAAUAUUAUUCUCACGACUAUGGAAAAAAAAAUGCAUGAACAUUUGAUUUUGUCUUAAACCUUUUAAGUUGUGUUUUUUUUCAUCAGGGGAGGGGGGGGGUGUUAACACUUUUGACAGUGAAAAGUUUUUUUUUCUACUCGUCGUAGAUCUGUCGCUGGGCUUCUAGAAGAAUGUUACCGAAUGUGUUUCCGUCGGAUGUUGAAGCGAUACGAUGAAGUGUGUGUGUGUGUGUGUGUGUGUGCGUGUGUGUGUGCGCGCUGAUCUCUCUGCUGCGUGUGUUUGUGAGCGUGUGGCUCGGUUACCACCAGUCAAUUUAACCUAACUGAAGAUCUACGUCCACCCAGCACUUCCUCCUCCGGCUCCUCCUCAGGCGUUCAAUUUUCUCCACCGCUGUGUGUUUGUUUUCCACCCCUCUCUCUCUCUCUCUCUCUCUUGCUCUCCG